AUGUAUCAAGAGGCAGCAGACUCUGUCAUUCAGGGCCUCAUUGAGCCAUGCCCAGACGGAGCCCGUCCCAGCUGUGUUUCUUCUGCCGUUCUGACCACCGCCAGACAGAGCUCCUUGACCAGCAGCUUCUCUGACCAUCUGGUUGGCAAAGACCCACAGGCCAUGAGGACAGGUCAAAGGCAGAACAAAGGAAUGAGGACUCGCCUGGGAUGUCUGUCUCACAAAUCAGAUUCAUGUAGUGAUUUCACAGCUAUUCUUCCCGACAAGCCGAACCGGGCUCUCAAGAGGCUAUCUACAGAAGAAGCUACAAGGUGGGCAGAUUCAUUUGAUGUGCUCCUCUCCCACAAAUAUGGAGUGGCAGCAUUCCGUGCUUUCCUGAAGACUGAGUUCAGUGAGGAGAACUUGGAAUUCUGGCUAGCCUGUGAGGAGUUCAAGAAGACUCGGUCGACCACCAAGCUGGUUUCCAAGGCUCACAGGAUCUUUGAAGAGUUCGUAGAUGUUCAGGCCCCUCGAGAGGUGAACAUAGAUUUCCAAACUCGGGAAGAAACAAGGAAGAACAUGCAAGAACCUUCUUUGACAUGCUUUGACCAAGCCCAGGGGAAAGUGCACAGCCUCAUGGAGAAAGACUCUUACCCCCGGUUUCUGAGGUCCAAAAUGUACUUAGAUCUUCUGACUCAAAACCAGAGGAGGCUCAGUUAGAGCUGAAAUGAGGACCCAUGGAAAUCACAGGCUUUCCCCUUCCCCCAGCUGCCAAGACCAUAUUCCAAUGUGAACCAUCAUCAGUGUUUAACCGCAGUGGAGUUUGGGUUGGGAGGCUGGGGGUGUGAGGAAGAAAGGAAAUGGGGCUACUUAAAAUGUGUGAUCCAGCCGUCGGAUUGAGGACUUUAAUUCCAUUUGCCUGGUUGUGUUUGUGUGUUGGUUAGUGGUAGCGCCUCACAGCUGUUACCCUUCUCUGGGUCAGCAAAUGGCCAUUCAUAUUGCCUUGGGUCAUUUCUGCUAAGAAGGCAGGUUUGCUAUGCUAGGCUAAUAUGUAAAUAAUGCAAAAGCAAUUCAGCCCCCUCUCCCUUUCCCCACCACCACAUUUUAUUAUCUGAUUUCUUGUUAAUCCCAUAUCCUUGAGAGGAAAGAGGGGAAGAAUGACCAUGGGUCUCUCUGAUGUGAUUUGUGGUUUAGAAACUAUUGCUAGUCCUGGGUGUUUGGGCCUCAUUGCACUGGAAAGGAGGU